UGGUACAUUCCAUAGUCAUGGGACAGGGAUGCCUUGGACUCUCAGCCCGGAAAGGGAAACGCUGCUGGCAUCUUCGAUUUCCGUUGCCCCCUUGUUUGGGUUCUUGCAAAGUCAGCAUGACAGUUGUUGUUUCCUGCUAAUAAAGAUGUAAUUGUCCCGUUGGCCUGUUAUCUUACUCCACCCUAAUUGCUCUGUUGCCUUCAUUUUCUUUUUUCUUGUCGAACAAGGGUUGAUGGAUACUUAAGACUUGACUUGCUUUUUUCUCUUGAGCAAGGAAUGAUUUUAGCCUUGUAAUUAAAUAUGCCCUUGCUUGGACUGCUUGAACAAGUUUGCUCUUCCUUCCCCAGAGAGAUCACUUGCUCGAAAUCGAUACAGAUGAUACGUGGUUGAUUCAGUUUAUUUCAUAGAGGUAGCAGUAGCUUCUUUCUCGCUCCAAUCUUGCCCUGUGGCUCAGGACAACUUGAGCCUAGAGCUACAACCAUAUAUACACACAACAUAUGAUUUUGCUCUACUUUCCACACCAGAUAAAUGUUGCUCCUGAUUCCAGCUGCAGAUCGCUGAAGCGAAGAUCGGUGGUAGCAGAGAGGAAGCUUAGUCGAUCAGCAAGCAUGUCGUCGCUGCUGUCGAGGCUGCGGCUGGUGACCGUGGACGUGACGGGCACCCUGAUCGCCUACAGGGGCCAGCUGGGCGACUACUACUGCAUGGCGGCCAAGUCCGCCGGGAUGCCGUGCCCGGACUACGCGCGCGUGCACGAGGGCUUCAAGCUCGCCUACGCCGACAUGAGCAGGAGACACCCCUGCUUCGGCCACGCCGCCGCCAUGCCCACCGCCGACUGGUGGUGGAAGACGUGCGUCAGGGACUCCUUCGUCAGGGCCGGCUACGACUACGACGACGAGACGUUCGAGAGGAUAUUCCGGCGGAUCUACUCCACGUUCGGCUCCGCCGCGCCGUACGCGGUGUUCCCGGACGCGCAGCGCUUCCUCAGGUGGCUCCGGAAGGAGGGCCUCGUCGUCGGCAUCGUCAGCAACGCCGAGCACCGGUACAGGGACGUCGUCCUGCCGGCGCUGGGGCUCAACCAGGGGUCGGAGUGGGACUUCGGGGUGUUCUCGGGCGUCGUCGGCGUGGAGAAGCCCGACCCGAGGAUCUACGAGGCGGCGCUGGAGCAGGCGGCUGCCGUGACCGGGGGCGUGGCGCCCGGGGAGGCGCUCCACAUCGGCGACAGCCUGCGCAAGGACUACGCCCCCGCGCGGAGCCUAGGGAUGCACGCGCUGCUGCUGGACCGGUUCCGGACCGCCGAGGCGGAGCGCUGGCGGAGGUCCGGCGUGCCCGUGCUCCCGGACCUCGUCGCCGCGCAGGAGUGGCUCGCCUCGCCGGGGGGAGCCGCGGAUCAGCCUGUCACGGCCAGGUGACAGUGACACGACAUGCCAGCCAGCACUCGAGUCCUGAACUCCUGACACGGAAAGGACCAAUGGAGCAUCUGGACGUCCGACUCCGACCGCACUGUCCCUGAGAGCCUGACAUGGAUCGAUCGCCAUUCCAGCUGCUAUGGUCGGAAUGCCGGAUGUCGUCGUGUAAUCGAGAUGAGAACAUCAUUCUCUCCAGAGUUUCAGACUCUGCAUUAGCAAGAGCUCCCGUGCCUGCUACCCUUGCCUCAACUGUGGAAUUGAGGGACCUUACCAACAACGAAAAAAAAGAGUGUGGGAUGUAACGUGUGAAUAACUGAAUAUAAUGAGGAAACAUGACAUUGUCCGUC